CAUAUAUUAACCUAACAUCUUAAGUACAUCUUGCAAUCGAUAGCUCUCUGCUUGCAUCACAGUCAUCACACUCGAGGAGGUCCGAGGUCGUCGGUUCGGUCAAGCUUCAUUCCUAGUCAAACGUUCCGUACGGUCUGUUGCGCUUGUUACGUUAGUCUUGUAAUUUCAACAAGCCGUUUUACAAGUAAUUGCAUCAAAAUGCCUAUAAAAAGCAUCAAAGCUCGUCAGAUCUAUGACUCCCGUGGAAACCCCACAGUAGAGGUUGAUCUUGUUACCGACCUUGGACUCUUCCGCGCAGCAGUACCAUCCGGUGCGUCUACUGGCGUUCAUGAAGCCUUAGAACUUAGGGAUAAUGAUAAAUCGCAAUAUCAUGGGAAGUCUGUGUUUAAAGCUAUUGAAAACGUAAACUCCAUUAUUGCUCCUGAAUUGUUAAAGGCCAACUUGGACGUUACACAGCAAACAGAUAUCGACAACUUUAUGCUGAAACUGGAUGGCACACCGAAUAAAUCCAAACUUGGAGCAAAUGCAAUUUUGGGUGUCUCUUUAGCAGUUUGCAAGGCUGGCGCUCAACAAAAAGGCUUACCUUUAUACAAAUAUAUUGCUGAAUUGGCUGGGAACAACGACAUCGUUCUGCCAGUACCAGCAUUUAACGUUAUUAACGGUGGCUCUCAUGCUGGCAACAAACUGGCUAUGCAAGAGUUCAUGAUUCUACCUACUGGCGCAUCCAAUUUCACAGAAGCGAUGAAAAUGGGCAGCGAAGUCUAUCACCACUUGAAGGCGGGCAUUAAGAAGAAGUUCGGCCUUGACGCCACAGCAGUCGGUGACGAAGGUGGCUUUGCGCCAAACAUUUUGGAAAACAAGGAAGCUCUUAAUUUGAUUAUAAAUGCUAUUAAGACUGCUGGUUACGAAGGAAAGAUCAAAAUCGGCAUGGACGUUGCUGCCUCAGAAUUCCACAAAAAUGGGAAAUACGAUUUAGACUUCAAGAAUGAAAACUCUGAUCCAAGCACAUACCUGGAACCAGAAGCACUGAAGAACUUGUAUUUGGAAUUUGUCAAAGAUUUUCCAAUUGUAUCGAUUGAGGAUCCGUUCGAUCAAGAUGGCUGGGACUCUUGGACAUCCAUGACCGCGGCUACCCCCAUUCAAAUCGUCGGUGACGAUCUUACUGUUACGAAUCCCGAAAGAAUUAAGACCGCUAUUGAGAAGAAAGCUUGCAACUGUCUAUUAUUAAAAGUUAAUCAAAUUGGUAGCGUGACCGAAUCCAUCAAUGCUCAUAAGCUCGCCAAAAGUAACGGUUGGGGUACGAUGGUUUCUCAUCGUUCUGGAGAAACGGAGGAUACAUUUAUUGCCGAUUUGGUAGUUGGUCUGUCAACUGGCCAAAUAAAGACAGGUGCGCCUUGCCGCUCAGAACGUUUGGCCAAAUACAAUCAGAUCUUACGUAUUGAGGAGGAGCUUGGUGCAGCCGCAAAAUACGCCGGAGAAAAAUUCCGCAAUCCUCAUGCUUAAAAAUAAAAUAACUCAGUCCAUCGCACAAUUAUUGCGAGAUUUGAGCAAUCCGUGAAUCAAGCGUUCAUUUUUAUAAUCAUUCUAGACGCAGUGUAGUUGAAGACAUAUUGUUUUUGAAAAACAAUAUUCAUGAAUUGUUAAACAAUAUAAUCAUAAACGAUGAUACACAUCGCACAUAACAAUAAAGAUUAUGCCAAAUAUCGCAGUUGUCAUUCUAGGAAAAGGAGAUUGUAGAAUUUAAAAAUAGAUGUAAAGUUCACAACAUUAUAGUCCUCCUUUUUUGUUUCAUUAAAUUGUCGAGCCAUAUAUAACUUUUAUUUUUACGAGAUGUAUGAUGUUAAAGAAUAAAUAAUCUUCUCAACAAUACAUUUAGCAUGCUAUAAAUAUUAUAUUCCGAAUGAAAUAUUUAUCGAAAAAAUGGAUGCUUAAAAAAAUAAUAAAUGUAAAAAAAUGUCUAAUGAUUAUAGAUAUGUAAUAUGUACAAAGAGGAAAACAGUAAAAAAAAAAGAUAAUAAAAGUUUUAUUCCAGUGUUAAA